AGAGAACCCGCACACUCUUGCCUGCCUGGCUGCCCUGCCCUGCCCUGCACUGCACAGAAUGGAAGCAGAGAGAGAGAGAGGGGAAGCUUACCUUACCUUGGAUGCUUGGAGAAUCGAGAGGCAAGACUGACGAGAAGGGGGAGUGGGAGUGGGAGGUGGCAUAAGACCCCCCACACUCCCACUCUGCGCUCUCGAUCCAUCUGCCCAGAUGGUCAAACGCUUCUUUUUUUGUUUUUCCCAAUUCAACCCACUUCCCCAGGACUUUGCCGCCAUUGCUGCGUACGAAGUAUCCAUACGGAGUGAACUACUAACGCGGUGGACCAGCAUCAGCAUCAGCAUCAGCAUCAGCACCAAGCACCAAGCACCAAGCACCAAGCACCAAGCACCAAGCACCAAGCACAAACACCACCCACUCACCACCACCCACUCCAUUCGACACCUCCACAAGGCCCGAAUCUUCAGCGGCAGCAAACAUCUUUCUUUCUGCCCUGCCAUCCGAGCUUCGAGAAGAAAGACGACAUUGUUUCCUGCCUUUCCGUGCCACCCCCCAUCUCUCUCUCUCACUCUCGCGCUCUCUCUGCCUGUCUCGACAUUAGCAACACAAACGCCAGUGUCUGCAGACGCCUCGCGUCCCGUUCAACUACCACCACCCUUCGUUUGGCUUUGCGUCGUACUGCACUGCCGUUCACUAUCCAGCGGGAGCCCUUGCAUCCAUCAACUUGGCGAGGUGAAAUCUUCUUCAGGUGAGGCAUUCCAAUCCAUUUUGUCUGUCUCGUUCUCCCUCUCUCUAUUCAUAUGUCUCUCCACCAUCCGUCACCUCCUUCCCGCCCUCCAUAUUUCCUUCUGUUCUCUUCCCGUUCCUUGCCAUGUCUCCCGGCAUUUCGAAUCCAACCCCCCGGGGAUUUGAGAGACAAUCCCACCUGGUACCCGCCAGACAUGCCGCCGCGGAUCAGGAACGACAAUUCGCCACGUCCACGUCUACCUACGUCCAUCCAGCUUCCAGUGCCGGAGACCGUACAUCGCUUAGGGCCACAAAUCGAGCUUAACACGGAUUACUCGGGACGAUGAUGCCUCAGCCGGAUGACAUACGGCCAAGCUCCAUCGGCUACUAUUGCAGCCGCAGCUACUGCUGUAGUCGUCACAAGCGCUGAACACCGAUCUGUCUGCCCAGCGGCGCUCCCCGACGUGCAAUCGGUCGCCGUUUUCCUUGAGUUUGAGGUACCUACCUUAACCUCAGGUUAGCUGGGGAAUGCCACUGACGGACAGCAACGGUUCGCUUCGGUUUACUUCGCACUCAAGGGGCCGCCGCCGUUCGGUGCCAAUGUACCCCGAAGCUCCAGGUACUUGAUCUUGCACCACAGCCACUACAGUCCAUCUCCACUUCCAUCAGCAGAUCCCGUACCCGAUACAACACCAUCUCGUCGUCCCGUCUCCCGCCAUCCUUUCACACAAGGUUCCCUGUCUUGCUUCUUAGAGGCUGGACCGCCCCGGACGACAGCUUGUGCGACUGGAACGGCGGCGACGCCUCCCCCAGGAAAUAGGGAGAGAGGGAGAGAGAGAGAGCACGAGAGCACGAGAGAAAGAUCUGAGGAACAGAGAGUCGAUGGCGCCAGACCCGGCUCCUGGUUGUUACACGCCCACCCCCUAGGUCGCAACGCUAUGGUCCAUCUCUAUCGCCCUUUAGUCCACAUCUCCACAGCCCUUCGGCCCCGGUCCACUCCCAUCCGCAACCUCCAACCUUGCCGUCUCUUAUUUUGUUUUUUUGACACCCACCCCCUCCCCUCUCUUUCGCUCUGUCAUGCAGUCCAGCGCUCGUCCAUUUUACCGCAACAGGCGGCAGACCCGUCAUUAAUACUACCAUCUCCACCGACAUCCACCUGCUAACCAUUCCCAGCUGCUUACCUUGCCUUGCCUGAUCUCGCCUCAAGGGUCUCGGUACCUCAACUGAAGCAGCAUCUCACUGUCCUCGAGGACUGCGCUCUCAACCGCGACUUUUCCCUCACGCAUCGCACUCUACCCUCUUGCCACGCCGUUGCCGCUACCGUUACCUCUGCUGGCCGGUGUUACUUCCUCCCAGUCAUGUUUUGAAAAUCCUCUCCAAUUGGCUUUGGAGAGGCCAACCUAGAAAACUCGAGUGCGAUUUUGCGCGCGCAGCUUGUAUAUUACGAAAACUGAAGAUCACGAGACGCCCAGCACCACUGGUCCAGCUGGACCAUCAAAGUCGCGCCACUUGACAACGAAGAGUCUCGACCGCCCCUUUUAGGCUUUGCAAAACGAGAUCUCAAGUACCACCGUUGCGACAAUAAACUUUGAGCGCAACGAAGCUGGUGUCUCCGAGUCUUGGUCCGUUACAUCGUAACAGGACCCGCGCCGCCAACAACCUCGGAUUUUCCGACGCCUAUCUCACGAAGCUGCCAUCUGAAAAAUCAUGACUUCCGUUUUACCCGCACAUCCAGCUAGCUUCAAAUCCUCUACCUCGCUGCCCUCUGCUGGGCCUGCGACAAUGGCGACAAAUCACGAGCCGCGAACGAGUCCGCAGCACUUCAUCAAGCAGGAACACGAAAGCGGGAGGGGAAGACUGCGGGAGGUCUCCGAAGACAAGGAUGCCGAUAUCAUGGACGAUGAUGGAGACGAAGGAAAAGCCGGCUCCUCCAACUCGGACGGUGGUCCUGCUAGAAAAAGACGGAGGAGUCGCAAAGGCUUGGACAAAAAGUUCGAAUGUCCUCAAGAGGGCUGUGGAAAGAGCUACUCCAGAGCCGAGCACUUGUACCGUCACCAGCUCAACCACACGCCCAAGCAGAUUUAUGCUUGCGACUUUCCUGAUUGCAGUCGCACUUUUGUUCGGCUUGAUUUGUGUAACCGCCAUAGAGACCGUCACACAGCCAAGGGGUCCGCCCUGAACCGUAAGGACUCGAUGAUGAGCCAUAUUUCCCCUACCACGGAUCGCCCACCUUUCCCGCUGCCUGGGUCUGCUUCGCCCGAGAUUAGUCGGCCGGGAACGGGCUUCGCCAACAUGCGGCAAGCCCAAAUGCAGUAUCAGUCGCCCAAAGAUAUGUCUGGUAGUCCGUUCAUUCAGGCAACCAACACCCCGCCGGGAUACCCAAUAGGUGUGCACCCUGGUGGAAUGGACGGCUACAUGCAUCACGACAACGGGUACGGAGGCGUUCAGGCGCAUCGCCCCCCGCAACAGUCUCCGAGCGGCCCAAAGCCGGUUGGACAGACCAACGGGUCUUACAUGUCCCCGGUUGCCAAUCCACACGGCUACCACACCCAGCCGCAUAACACCCCUCAGUCUGCACCGUACACAACUCAGCAAAACUUUCCGCAAUUCAACUUGCCGCCCUCCGACUUCUCCAACGGCGCGGGUAAUGCGCCCCGCGAGGGCCAAACAUAUGCACCGACCACUUCGGCCGAGUACAGUGAGCAGGGUCACCCCCAGCAGUCAGGCGAGAUGAUGCUCCUUGAUCAGAUGUCUAUGCCUGGGACGAUCCCCGUUUUUGGCAGCGACAGCAUCUUGAGUAAAUCGCCAUAUGUGACGAUCCCAGAAGAUUUCGUUGCCUACCUCUUCAACACGCAACAAGGAGGUGAAGGCUCACCCAUGGGCCAGAUGGUGGCUCCCGGGUAUGUUAGCAACUACGGCGAGUAUCAGAACCCUUAUAGUGUCCCCUAUGUGGGAACAGACGGCGUUCCUAUGGGAUACUUUCCCUCGGGGCCUCAUCAAGUCAUGGCUGUCAAUAACCUGCUUGACCAGAAUCUUCCAGAGGCCACAAUCUCUGAGGAGAAGAGCCAAGAGAUUUAUGACUUCAUUAACCAAAGGUUCCACGAUAACGAUGAGGCUCCGGCGAUGCGACAACGUGAAAGCAUUUUGGAGGGUGACCGCAGCGAUGGCGAUCACAUGCUUAGCAAGCGGAUGAUGCAGGCUUACAUUGGCUCGUACUGGGUUCAUUUCAGUGACCAGAUUCCUAUCCUUCACAAGCCGACAUUCUCGCCCGACCGGACGCCUAAUUUGCUUCUUCUAGCAAUGAUGACAAUUGGUGCGGCAUGCCUCGACAAAACACACGGCCAGAAGGUCACAAAGGCGGGUGCUCAGCUGUCCAACUUCCUAGCCUGGCACCUGAGAUGGGAAAUUUUCAUGGACCCGAACUUUAGGCCGCCGGCAAAGCUGUGGCUAUUCCAGACACUUCUGCUCCUUGAGCUGUAUGAAAAGAUGUACUCGACCAGAGAGCUGCACGAGCGAGCCCACAUCCACCACGCAACCACAAUCACCCUGAUGCGCCGUGGAAGGUCUCUCAUUGGCAAAUCAUCUCUCGACUCGCCACCAAACCCUCGAGAUGACAAGACAAAUAGCUCACGCCAUUCGUCAGCAUCCGGCAUGGCCCACACCGCAGACGAGUGGUGGAAUCACUGGAUCACUAACGAGUCGACACGACGAGCUGCGUUUGCUGCUUUUGUCAUUGACUCUAUCCAUGCUACCAUGUUUGGCCACUCUACGGUUAUGGUCACGCACGAAAUGAGGCUGCCUCUGCCAUGCGACGAGGCCUUGUGGAAAGCCACGAGCGGUGCGGAAGUUGGCAGAGUCGAGUCUAAUCUACUGUCCAACGGUGUGAAACCCAUCUCUUUUCUGGAGGGUCUCAAACGAACGCUCAGUGGCCAAGGCGUGCAGACCAAUCCAUUUGGUCGCAUGGUCCUCAUGGCCGGUCUGCUCAGCGUUAGUUGGCAUAUGAAUCAAAGAGAUCUUCAGGUCAAUGUUCUUGGCGGUGGCGUGUCUCAGGCACUGGGCGGCAGAGACAAAUGGCGGGGAACACUGACCAGGGCCUUUGAUGCUUGGAAGGAAGAUUUCGACAAGUCCCUUACAAGAACAGAAGGCUCUUCUGACCCAUACCGCUACGACUCGGCGAAGAAGAAUGACGCCAACGUCGUUUUCGAGAGCCGUACCGUACUGCAUCAUCUUGCACAUAUGGCAAUGCACGUUGACAUCGUCGACUGUCAAAUCUUUGCCAGGGCAAAGCGGCUUCUCGGGCGAGCUAUUGGGCAGCAAGAUCUCAAUAGUGCUCAACGAAGAAUGAAGGACAUUUGGGCACCAACCGCCAAGGCUCGCGACGCAACCUUUUAUGCCCUCAAGUUCAUCAGCUCUGUUCUCAUACCCGAUGGCGGCUACGCACAUCAGCCCAACGGCUUCAAGUACGAUGAGCCGUACACUGCGCGAGACGACGUACUCCUCAACAGACCUUGGGUUCUAUACUUUGCUGCCCUUGUUGUUUGGUGUUACGGAUUCGCCCUCGAAGGUCCCUGCCCCGAUGUUCCGCCCCCGACAUCCAAGCAGGAACAGUUGCGACAAAUGCGCGAAUAUCUUUUGAAAUAUGGGGGCGCGUCCUCACCAGACGAGCUCAAGGCCAUGAAGGGCAUCAACGAAAACACGGCUAUGCUGCUCGUUCUCAAAGACUCAUUCGAAACCACCCGGUGGGAGCUGUUACAUGAGGGUGCCAAUCUGCUCAGUAAUUGUCUCCAGCUGAAUGCUGGGGCUACCACGAUGUAACUGGCGAGUAGCGAAAUUACGACCAAACUGCAUUCAAGCCAUUCUAAUUACGACUUACACAUGGUAAUGGCACGACUUAUUGACGACUGGGGGGGAUCGACUUUGAAAUAUUAUACCACUUCUUGCGAUGACAUGACACGAGGAUGACGGCCCCAGACGAUGAGAUCGAAUAAAUGGGAGCCAGCGUGGACAUUCAGCUUGAGCAUUUUCUUUCCUUUUUGUGUGUUGUACUGUAUCUAUACCCCCAUGAUGCGCGCGCCUUACCGCAUCGCGAUGGAUUAUUCGUAGCAUUUCAGCAUUAGCGCUGAGACGGAAAAAGUAGGGUGUCGGAGAGAGUACACUGAUGAAUAUAAUCUUGCCUGACCACAUGCCAGGUUCCAUUUCAAUAUCCGAUACAUGUCGGCACCAUAGCUUUUCCAGGCCGCGGUAGACGACCUGCUGUCAAAAGAGAAAACAGACCUAGGUAAGGACGCGGAACGUUGGACAUCCGAGGGACUGGGAAUCCUACCUAUCCGAGACCAUGUAGCUCGGGAAUUGCCGGUG